AUGCCGGGGCCGUACAGCAGCUUGAUGGUGCUUCGCCGGCGUGCGUCCCGGAGCGGACACAGACGCCCGAUCAAGUUGGAGGGCCGGCACGGUGCUCGAGUGGACCGCCGAGCGCUCGUCGAUCGUGCCAAUGUCGUCGUGACCUCUGUCGACCCGCAAACCGUGCUGUCGGUGGGUAACGGGCAGACUGCCUUCACCGCAGACGUGACCGGCCUGCAGACUCUCAACGCCACCUACCUCUCCCCGCCGCUGCUGACGCAGACGCACGCCGACUGGGGCUGGCACGUCACGCCGCCGCCGGCCGGCGUGGAGCCUCUCCGCUUCACCGAGGCGGAGAUCUCUGCGCGCAACCACUCCGCCAGGUACCCCGUGCUGCAGCCAAAGCUGGCGGCCGAGACCGCCUGGCUGCGCGCCAACCCUCACCGCCUCUCGCUGCUCCGCCUCUUCCUCCGCCGCACCGACCCACGCCUGCCUCCGAUCGCGCCGUCCGACCUGCGGUCGCCUCGCCAGACGCUCCACCUUUGGAACGGUACGCUGACCUCCUCGUUCGAGCUCGACGGCGCGCCCGUGUCGGUCGUCACCGCCGUCCACCCCUCCCUCGACGCCCUCGCCACGCGGGUCUGCUCCCCAGCGGUGCGGUCGCGCCGCCUCGGCCUCGGCCUCGCCUUCCCGUACGGAUCGGAGGCCUUCCAGGGAGGGCUCGAGUGGGGCAAGGCCGACCGCCACGCCUCCACGCUCGUCAGCGGCGGGCGGCGGUGCGACGGCCGCCCGGUCCUCCUCCGCCGCCUCGACGCGACGACGCACUACGUCCACCUCGCUCUGGGCGGCGGGGGCUGCCCCCACCUCGCCGCCGGCCGCGUGCCGCACGACUGGUCGAUCGCCCGCGCGGAGGGGGGAGGCGUGGAGGGAGGCGUGGAGGGAGGCGCCUCGGGGGAGGGCAGUGCCUGCCUCGACGCCACGCUGUGGCUGUCGCCCGCGCGCGAGCAGGUCUCGCCGCCCUCGGCGGCGGAGGUGUUUGCGGCGGCGGCGGCGCACUGGCCACGCGAGUGGUCGCGCGGCGCGGCGCUCGACUUGUCCGGCAGCGCGGCCAAGGGCGCCGCCGCCCUCGAGGCGCCUUGCGCCGCCGCGCUCGAGGCUCGAGUCGUGCGCUCACAGUACCUCUCGAUGUCGCAGGAGGCGGGGAGCAGCCCGCCGCAGGAAGAUGACCGCUCGUGCGACCUCGGAUGGAUGCACAGCGCCCACCACUUCCUCUGGGGCCGGCCCGACCUGGCGCUGCGCUGCGAGCCGUACUUCGAGCGCGUGAGGGCGCAGGCGCGGCGGCACACGCGCGUCGCGCAGCGCUAUCGCGGCGUGCGGUGGCCAAAGAUGGCGGGGCCACCGCAGCUGAUGCCGGCGAUCGGCGACGCCGUCGAGCCGGCGGGCGCGCCGCUCUUCGACGGCCCGGGCGGUGCGGGGCCGCUCAUCGUGUGGGAGCAGGUGCACCCCAUCGUGUUCGCCGAGCUCGCCUACCGCUCCGCGCCGGACGCGGCCACGGCCACGGUCGAGCGGCACAACCGGACGGUGCACAACAGCGCCGAUUUCAUGGCCGAUUUUGUGUUGGCGCCCCUCCCUCCCUCCGAGCCGCACGCCUGCCUGCCGCUCGGUCCGCCGCUGUGGACAGCCGAGGUCGAGUCGAACGAAGGGCGGCCGGCGAGCGACGCAACCUCCCAGAACCCCACCUUUGAGCUCGUCUACUGGCGCUUUGGCCUCACGCUGGCGGCGCGGUGGCGGAGGCGGCUCGGACUGCCGCCCGUGCUUGCGUGGCAGGAGGUCCUUGCGCGGCUGUGCAAGCCGACGGCGCGGCCGCUGCGUGGCGUGCCAGGGGCGCCGCCAGGCUACCGCCCCUACGAGCGCUCCAGCGACGCCGCCCUGAUUUCGAACGGUGUCGCGCCGCAGCUCUUCGCCGCUGCCUUCGCACCGGGCGAGAGGCUCGGCGCCGACGCCGCCGCGCUCCGCAACACGCUCGGCGCCACCAUCGCGGCCUUGCUGCGCAACUUGCCUUGGGGCUCCGACGCCGCGAUGUACGCGAUGGCUGCGGCGCGGCUCGGCAACGCCUCGCUCGCCGCCUCGAUCCUCGCCGAUCCGGACGGCUUGUGGACGCGCCGGUUUGCGCCGAGCGGGCACUACGCCAACGCCUUCUUGCCGGUCUACCUGCCGGCGAACGGCGCGCUCCUCGCCGCCGUCGCCUUCAUGGCGGGCGGGUGGGACGGCGACGGCGGCCGCCCCGCGCCCGGAUUUCCGCGUGACGGGUCGUGGACCGCGGCGACUGAAUGGCGCGUGCGGGCGCUGCUGGACUCAGAGCCGCUUGCUGGCGACCCGCACACAAUUUCGCUGCCGCUCGACGACGGCUGCCACGCGCCCGCCUCGCGGCCCGCCGAGGUGAGCCCGCUACUCAACCUUACCGCGGCAAAGCUGCUGAUGCAGCUCAACGCGGUUUUGCUGUGCAGUGUGGGCGGGAUUCAGACGUGGACGGCGGCGGCUGCGACGCCGUGGCGCCGCCUCCCUCCCCUCAACUUGACUCUCCUCGCCUCGAGCUGCAACCCGGGGAUGCCGAGCUGCGAGGCGUACUCGAAGGCGGCCUCGCUCGCGGGCGAGGAGCGGUGGGUGGUGGUCGCCUUUCGCGGGACGCGAGACCUCGACGCGGGAGCGUGGCUGACCAACUUCCAGACGUGGCAGGACGACGUGGCGGGCGGGUCGUGCGGCGAGAGGGGCGUGGAGGCGCUCCUCGCCGAGCACCCGACGUACCGGCUGGUCGUCACCGGCCACUCCUGCGGCGCCUCGCUCGCGACGCUGAUGGUCUUGCUCACGCCCAACUCGGGAGGCACCGAGGCGGGGGGGUGCGCAGGCGCCGGAUCCUGCAACGACGCCGUGCCCGGCUACAGGCUCUCCAUCCUCGACCACACCACCGCUACUUUGGGGCGCCGCAAACGCAGACGAGCCAUGCCGCUCUGCACGAAGAGCCUCGCGAUCAGCGCAAACUGCGUCGUCGGCGCCGCUUACGGGCUCCAAUUCUUCCUCGCCCCGGGCUUCACGAUCGAGCAGAACUUCAAGGUCGUUCCCGACAAAUACCACAAGUUCAUGGGUCGUUUCACCGGCAUGUGCAUGCUCACACUCUGCAAGCUCAUGAAGUCCGCCGACGAAGCGAUCGUGUGGCCGGUCUCUUUCGCUUUCACGGCGGCCGUCAUGGCGUGCGGACCUGGCUUCGCCGAGAUGUACCUUGACACUACGCCGAUGCACAAGGUCGCGCCGGUCCUCGUCGGCGGCGUCCUCGCCGUCCACCUGCUCUCCGCGUGAAGCUCUCCGCCUGGGUCCGCCUGCCUGCCCGCGCCCGGAAAUGCACACAAUGCACCGCGGCAUGCAGAGGUUAGCUGGCAGAGUGCAACGAAGGAACAGUGUCGAACACGUCCCAACUUCUUGUUCUUCUUCAAGAAGCCCCGCCUGACUUCCGACGCGUGCGCGUGGCCGUGGGUGUCGGGGACGCUCAGCGCGCUCUUUGUACCUCGCCAAUGACCAUAUUGGUGUACGACGUAUCGAUGCCCAGUAAACAUUAUCCC